GAAUGGACAUGGCCUUCUUCGAUGCACCGGAGAACCAGACGGCGAGCGUUCUGGUGUCUUUGGAAAGGCAUAUGAACCGCGUCGGACAGAUGUUGGGCAUCCAGCUUGGUAACUCCAUGGGAGCCAUCUUCACCUGCGUCAUCUCGGUGGGAGUCAGCUUCUUCGGCUCUUGGGCUCUGGCUUUGAUCCUGCUUGCCCUGAUGCCAAUCUGCGGCUUCCUCGGUUUAGCAGUCGCCAACUGCGCCACCGCUGUGGAUCCGGAGGGAGAGGAGGCCUACGGCAGGGCUGGAAAGCAGACGGCCGAGGCUGCUACGGCGAUCCGCACUGUGCGGGCACUUGGGGCAGAAGAGGCCACCAUGGACGUGCUGAGCGAAAUCCUGGACUUCCUUACAGUGGUCAAUACCGGGAAAGCAUGGAAGCUUGGUGUCUCCCUGGGCCUGAACAUGUGCUUGAUCCAGGUCAUUUAUCUCGCAGGGUUUGGUAUGAGCGCCGCUUGCAUCCAGUAUUGGGGCUUCGACGCUUAUGAGGUGUUGCUCACACUCUUCUGCGUCGUCUUCGGCGUGAUGUCGAUAAGCUCCAUCGUCCAGUUCAUCCCGGACCAGGCCUCCGGGCACCACGCUGCCGUGGAGGUUUUCCGCCUCAUCGACCAGGUCUCAAAGAUCGACGCUGUGGAGCCUGCGGGGCACAUCGAGACCAUCGGAGAUGGGAACAUCCAGUUCAAGGACGUGCACUUCUGGUACCCACAUCGUCCGGAGGUGCGUGUGCUCAAGAAGCUCAACUUCACCAUUGAGAAGGGUCAGGCAGUGGCUUUUGUGGGCUUCUCAGGAAGUGGAAAGUCCACUGUGAUCCAGCUUCUGCAGCGAUUCUACGACCCGCAGGGGGGCUCCGUCCAAGUUGGCGGCAUGGACCUGCGGGCAUUGAACGUGGCAUGGUGGAGGAAGCAGGUCGGCAUGGUGGGCCAGGAGCCAGUUCUCUUCGACGUGUCCCUGGAAGA